AUGGAGAUCGACCGCUUCACAAAGUAUCUCGCUGCUACCGGCCUCUCAGCUCGGGAGGCUGAGAUCCGGACAUAUGUAGCACAAGGCGCCAAAGAUGUACGCGCCAUCAUGACUUCUCCAUUAUCGCCUGACGAUUUACAGCAGAUCGCGGCUCGCGAGGUUCACCCAACCACUCGCGGACGCCAAGUCGCUGGUAUCAUCUGGUAUCUCACUUCGCUGGCGGUUGAACGAAACCAGGCCUUUCUGUCCGGCGCUUUCCUCUGCCUUGACCCUCAUGGCCAACUCUCUGCUUUCUUUUUGGCCAUAGGUACUCCGCGAACGAGCAGCCACCUCAGACGUCACAGCGCGCCAGGCUGUACUGGAGGAGUUGACCUCGUUGUAGACGGUACUUUGCCGCCAGUCGCCAACGAUCACCGACAUGUAUUGUUCAUAGCCAUAGCUAAUGACAAACAUCGUGGUACCUGCUUGUUUCUCAAACCUGAACCCUAUGGCGUCUCCGGAUUCAAGGACUUUGGCCACCAUGCUGAUCGCUACGUUCGCUCACUCGCGCGCCGGUUCCGAUUUGAUCGUUUUGUCAAGGCCUUUUCCGAAGCAGUGGCCCAUAUUCCAGAUGGCGUGAGUGCUAUUGAAGAGGUUGGCAGAAAGGGAGCAGGCGAAGGCAUUGCCGGUAUGCAUGCCUAUCUUACCACCAAGACGCGUGACAAGAGGCUCUCAAAGCCUUCUAUGGUGGAAUUGCUGCGUCAACUUGAGGCAGAGUACGACUUUGUCAGUUUGCGAUUUGGCAACGAGGUAUGCUUCGAUCUCGGGGCCGAGAUUUCCAGGCCACUGCCUGGAGCGCCAGGAGUUCUCGGCCCAUCACCGUCUCUUUUAUGGCUCAAGGUCUCUAAACCUGUAUAG